AUGAGAGAAAGCGACAUGUCAGCGAGCGAGAUCGCAGCGGCGAAGCAGAAGAACGUAGACGAUUGGUUGCCGAUCACAUCCUCAAGAAACGCCAAGUGGUGGUAUUCUGCUUUUCACAAUGUAACCGCCAUGGUUGGUGCUGGUGUUCUCAGCUUACCCUACGCCAUGUCCAAUCUCGGAUGGUAA